AUUCAAUCAGCCUUACAUAUUCGUACUGUUUGUUUAGAAAGUGAAGACUUCCUAGUUCCUACCAGCAGAUAGCUAAACAUGCAUCACGUGAGUUGUACUAUGCCGUUCAGCAUUUGUACUUAGAUUAAAAAAAAAAGAAGAAAGAAAAACCCCUCAGUAAAGCUUCCGUCUUCUUCCUCAAAACUCAACUAUUAACCCCCACCCAUCCCCCUACCAUUUCCUUUCUCUCUCUAAAACCCUCUUUCGCUCUCUCUCUAGUGGAUCUGCAAUUCCCAUUAAUCAACCCGACCCGACCCGGAUUCAAAUAAUCCCAAAUUUUGAGGGUUUACUUACAGUUAGUGAUUAUUAUUAUUAUUAUGAGAGUACCUUGUUGUUCAGUUUGUCAGAAUAGGUAUGAUGAAGAGGAGCGUUGUCCUUUACUGCUCCAAUGCGGUCAUGGAUUUUGCCGAGAGUGUCUUUCUAGAAUGUUCUCAGCUUCACCAGAUACUAGUUUAUCUUGCCCUAGGUGUCGCUACGUGUCCCUUGUGGGGAACUCUGUUACUGCCCUUAAGAAGAACUACGCGAUCCUUGCUUUAAUUAGGGAUUCCAGGUAUUCAAGUGAUGAUGAGGAUGAAGAGGAUGCUGAGGGUAAUGUUGAGGAUGAGGAGAAUAAUGAUUCCAGGCGAAGGCAUGGGGCCCGCAAUGCGUCGAGUUCGGGUUGUGGUGGUGGGAGGAUAGAGGUUGGUGCACAUCAAGCGGUUAAGUUGAUUAGGAGGAUAGGUGGUGAGUCUAUGAGGCCUGGGGUAGAAAUGUGGGGGGCAACGAUUUCGGGUGGUGGAAGGCGGUGUAGGCAUAAAGUGGCGGUGAAGAAAGUGGGAGUUGGAGAGGAAAUGGAUGUGGAACAUGUGGUAUGGGUGCAAGAGAAGUUGGAGAAAUUGAGGAGGGAAUCUAUGUGGUGUAGAAAUGUGUGUGCUUUUCAUGGUGUGACUAAAUUGGAUAGAAGCUUGUGUUUGAUUAUGGAUAGGUGUAAAGGGUCAGUACAGACCGAGAUGCAGCGGAACGAAGGGAGACUCACACUUGAGCAGAUUCUGAGAUAUGGAGCAGACAUUGCGCGUGGGGUGGCUGAACUUCAUGCAGCUGGUAUUGUUUGCAUGAAUAUUAAGCCGUCCAAUCUUCUUUUAGAUGCAAAUGGUCAUGCUGUGGUAUCUGAUUAUGGGAUUCCAGCAAUUCUAAAGAAGCCUGCCUGUAGGAAAGCUCGAUUGGAGUGUGAGUCCGCAAUAACCCAUUCUUGCAUGGAUUGUACUAUGCUUAGCCCAAACUACACUGCUCCAGAAGCGUGGGAGCCUGUAAAGAAAUCACUUAAUCUUUUCUGGGAUGGUGCCAUUGGUAUAUCUCCAGAGUCAGAUGCCUGGAGCUUUGGUUGCACAUUGGUGGAAAUGUGCACUGGUUCUAUUCCCUGGGCUGGCUUAAGUGCAGAGGAAAUUUAUCGGGCUGUUAUAAAGGCAAGGAGACAACCUCCUCAAUAUGCAAGUGUAGUGGGUGUUGGAAUACCGCCAGAGUUGUGGAAGAUGAUUGGUGAGUGUCUGCAGUUCAAGGUUUCCAAGAGACCAACCUUUAGUUCAAUGUUAGCCACAUUUCUUCGCCACUUGCAAGAGAUCCCUCGAAGCCCUCCUGCCAGCCCUGAUCAUAACUUGCAGUACUUGGGAACGAAUGGUGUAGUACCUUCUGCGGCAUAUCAUGUGGAGGUUUCUCUUGAUGAUCCCAGUCUUCUACACAAAUUUGUCUCUGAAGGCAAUGUGAAUGGAGUUCGAGACUUGCUAGCGAAGAUUUCAGGACAACGUAUUAGCACUUUACAUUCUGUACUAGAGGCGCAAAAUGCUGAUGGGCAAACUGCUCUCCACCUUGCUUGUAGACGAGGAAGUGUGGAACUUGUUGAGGCCAUUCUGGAAUACUCUCAGGCAAAUGUGGAUGUUCUAGACAAAGAUGGUGAUCCACCCCUUGUGUUUGCUCUUGCGGCUGGAUCACCUGAAUGUGUUCGUGCUCUUAUCAGGAGGCACGCCAAUGUCACAUCUAGACUUCGAGAGGGCCUUGGUCCAUCCGUUGCUCAUGUCUGUGCAUACCAUGGCCAACCAGAUUGCAUGCGUGAAUUAUUAUUGGCUGGGGCUGAUCCGAAUGCAGUUGAUGAUGAAGGUGAAUCAGUGCUUCAUCGAGCAGUUGCUAAGAAAUAUACAGACUGUGCUAAGAUCAUACUGGAAAAUGGAGGCUGUAAAUCGAUGAGUAUCUUAAACUCCAAAAAUUUGACGCCACUGCACUUGUGCAUCACAACAUGGAAUGUUGCUGUUGUCAAGAGGUGGGUGGAACUUGCAUCUAUUCAAGAUAUCGCCGAUGCUAUUGAUAUUCCAAGUCCUGUUGGUACUGCACUGUGCAUGGCAGCAGCCUUAAAGAAAGAUCGUGAAGCAGAGGGGAGAGAACUGGUACGAUUAAUUUUAGCUGCUGGAGCGGAUCCAGCUACACAAGACACACAACUUUUUCGAACUGUUUUGCAUACUGCUGCUAUGAUAAACGAUAUUGAGUUGGUCAAGAUCAUCCUCGAUGCUGGAGUUGAUGUAAACAUCAAGAAUGUGAAUAAUACGAUACCUCUUCAUGUGGCAUUGAACAGAGGUGCAAAAUCAUGUGUCGGAUUGCUUUUGUCUGCUGGGGCAAAUUGUAAUAUGCAGGAUGAUGAAGGUGAUAAUGCUUUUCAUGUAGCAGCAUUCUCUGCUAAUAUGAUACGCGAAAAUCUUGAUUGGAUUGUAGUUAUGCUCAGGUAUCCUAAUGCUGCUGUUGAAGUUAGGAAUCACAGUGGCAAAACUUUAUGCGACUAUUUGGAGGCUCUGCCUCGUGAAUGGAUUUCAGAAGAUUUGAUAGAGGCACUUAGGGAAAAGGGGGUCCAUUUAUCUCCCACAGUAUAUGAAGUAGGGGACUGGGUGAAAUUCAAGAGAAGCAUUGUGACACCAACUUAUGGGUGGCAAGGUGCUAGACAUAGGAGUGUUGGUUUUGUUCAAAAUGUCCUUGACAAAGACAAUCUCAUUGUGUCCUUUUGCUCUGGGGAUGGCCGGGAGGCUCAAGUAUUGGUAGAUGAAGUUGUAAAAGUGAUUCCACUGGACAGGGGCCAACACGUGAAGCUCAAGCCAGAUGUGAGAGAACCAAGAUUUGGUUGGCGUGGCCAUGCCCAUGACAGCAUAGGAACUGUUUUAUGUGUUGAUGAUGAUGGGGUGCUUCGUGUUGGGUUUCCUGGAGCAUCUAGAGGGUGGAAGGCUGAUCCUGCAGAGAUGGAACGCGUGGAGGAAUUCAAGGUCGGAGAUUGGGUGCGGAUUCGUCCUACACUUACAACAGCUAAACAUGGAUUUGGAUCUGCAACACCAGGAAGCAUUGGUGUAGUGUACUGCGUCAGACCAGACAACAGUCUGAUGGUGGAACUAAGCUACCUUCCUCAUCCAUGGCAUUGUGAGCCAGAAGAGGUUGAACCUGUUGAGCCAUUCAGAAUUGCUGAUAGGGUCUGUGUGAAGCGCUCUGUUGCAGAGCCAAGAUAUGCUUGGGGUGGUGAAACACAUCAUAGUGUAGGAAAAAUAAUUGAUAUAGAGGCUGAUGGUCUGUUGAUCAUAGAAAUUCCCAAUCGGCCCAUCCCGUGGCAGGCAGAUCCUUCUGACAUGGAGAAGGUGGAGGAUUUCAAGGUAGGUGACUGGGUAAGAGUAAAAGCUUCAGUUCCAUCACCAAAAUAUGGUUGGGAGGACAUCACAAGGAAUAGCGUAGGUAUAAUACACAGUUUGGAAGAAGAUGGUGAUGUUGGCAUUGCUUUUUGCUUCCGUAGCAAGCCUUUCUCUUGUUCAGUGACAGACGUGGAGAAGGUGCCGCCUUUUGAAGUUGGACAAGAAAUUCAUGUUCUGCCAUCUGUUUCUCAGCCUCGACUUGGAUGGUCCAAUGAGACGCCAGCAACGGUUGGAAAGAUUGUGAGAAUUGACAUGGACGGUGCUCUAAAUGCUACGGUUGCUGGGCGAGGCAGUUUAUGGAAGGUUUCUCCUGGAGAUGCAGAAAGACUUUCAGGAUUUGAAGUAGGUGAUUGGGUACGUUCAAAACCAAGCCUGGGAACUAGACCCAGUUAUGAUUGGUACAGCAUAGGCAAAGAAAGUUUAGCGGUUGUGCAUAGUGUUCAAGACACUGGUUAUUUGGAGCUCGCAUGCUGUUUCCGCAAAGGACGCCUAAUGACUCAUUACACCGACAUUGAAAAGGUUUCUGGAUUUCGAAUUGGGCAGCAUGUUAGGUUUAGGGCUGGGCUGGUAGAACCAAGAUGGGGCUGGAGAGGCACUAAUCCAGAUUCUCGAGGUGUUAUAACUGGCGUUAAUGCUGAUGGAGAAGUUAGGGUUGCGUUUUUCGGUUUGCAAUGUCUCUGGAAGGGGGAUCCUGCAGAUCUUGAGAUAGAGCCAACAUUUGAAGUCGCAGAGUGGAUCAUGUUGAGAGAGAUUGCAAGUGGUUGGAAAUCUGUAGGGCCAGGUAGCAUUGGAGUUGUGCAAGGAAUGAGUUAUGAAGGAGAUCAGUGGGAUGGAAAUGUCUUUGUCGCUUUUUGUGGAGAGCAGGACCAGUGGAAGGGAUAUUGUAACCAUCUUGAGAGAGUAAACAAGCUCUUAGUUGGUCAGCGUGUUAGAGUAAGAAACUCGGUGAAGCAGCCAAGGUUUGGUUGGUCAGGUCAUAGUCAUGCAAGUGUUGGAACUAUAGCAGCAAUUGAUGCAGAUGGCAAACUAAGAAUCUACACACCAGCAGGCUCAAAAUCUUGGAUGCUUGAUCCUUCAGAAGUAGACCUUGUGGAGGAAAAGGCAAUCCAAGUUGGCGACUGGGUCAGGGUUAAGGACAAUGUGUCUAACCCAACACACCAGUGGGGGGAUGUCUCUCAUUCAAGUAUUGGGGUAGUGCACCGCAUAGAAGAUGGAGAUCUUUGGGUUGCAUUCUGCUUUUUGGAUAGGCUAUGGCUCUGCAAGGCCGGGGAAAUGGAAAGAAUUAGGGCAUUUAAAAUUGGGGAUAAGGUGAAGAUCAGAGAUGGGCUAGUGGCACCUCGGUGGGGAUGGGGGAUGGAGACUCAUGCCAGUAGAGGUGAGGUGGUUGGAGUAGAUGCUAAUGGGAAGCUAAGAAUCAAGUUUCAAUGGAGAGAAGGCCGUCCAUGGAUUGGAGACCCUGCUGAUAUUGUUCUUCAUGAGCACGAUGAUCAAUGAAGGGUUUGUCUUUAUUACAGUUCCUCCUUUCACUAGAUAGUGGGCAGGGCAAGCCAAGGGCUUCUUUAAUUUAUAGGAGAGGCAGCCCAUGUGCUGUCUAUGCGAUGGCGUUAUAAACUGCCCCCGUGCAGUUGACAGCCAUGAAGACCGAUGUACACUAAGUAGAUUUGAUGACGGAUGGAUAAAAGGUUAAAAGGAAGCUGGGGUUUUUUUUACGGUCAUUGCUGAAGUUCAACCAGAUGUUGGGGAUUUUUCUGCAGAGUGUUUCGUUUUAGCUCGUUAACGGUAAUAUGCUUGUUUUCUCUUCUGUACAAAUCACAAGUAAUUUUUGGGUUCAUAGCUUUCAAACAUAGUUCACUUACACUAGACUUGAACAUUUCUCUCCUAUAUCUUGUCAUUUAAAAAUGCUGAGGCCACCGCUCACAUUUUUGUAAAAUUUAUUUAGCCGUUUGAAUAGAGAAGCAUGUGAAUUUAUUGUCUUUCCUCUUUAUAUUGGUGAAAUAUGAUUGGGUUUCAAUGGAUCUUCCUUUA